AUGGCGGCGGCGGUGGUGGGUUCCCUCGUUUCGUACGGCAGCGACUCAGAUUCAGAAAACGAGUCUGAAUCCUCAAACAACGCACAAGAAGUUGAUCCAGACGCUCUCGUCCAUCUUCAGCCCUUAAAAGCAGGCAGUGUGACCACUGUCGCCGUGUUAAAUUCAGCACCUGAAGUCGCAGUAAAGGAAGAUGUCGAGACCGGUGUGCAUCUUGAUCCAGCCCUCAAAGAAGUCUCCUACAACCCUACAUAUGAAACCAUGUUUGCUCCAGAAUUUGGACCAAUGAACCCGUUCAGAUCGCAGCAGAUGGCGGCUCCCAGAAACAUGCUGUCGGGAUACGCUGAACCGGCUCAUGUCAACGACUUCAUGUUCGAGCAGCAGAGGAGGACGUUUUCUACAUUCGGUUAUGCUCUGGACCCGUCUGUGGACACCAGUCAGGCCUCGUCCAACAGCUACAUUGGAGCCAUAGAAGAAGCAGAGAAAAACAAAGGACUGACGGUGUUUGAAACGGGACCAAAGAAAUCUGAGAAGAGGAAGAAAGUGAAAGGAGGAGAAGCUGCAGACAUCGACAACUUCCUCGGACCUUGGGCCAAAUAUCAGGACGAGAAAGACGUGGCCAAACCCUCAGAGGACGAGCAGAAAGAGCUGGACGAGAUCACAGCCAAAAGACAGAAGAGAGGAAAGAAUGAAGAAGAAUCUCCAGCGGAGGAGAAGACCGUCUUGCACAUUAAAGACGCGUACGAUUACCAGGGCCGCUCGUACCUGCACAUUCCUCAGGACGUGGGCAUUAACCUGCGCUCGGCUGACAUCCCGGAGAAAUGCUACCUGCCCAAAAAACAGCUCCACGUCUGGACCGGACACACCAAGGGCGUCAGUGCCAUCCGUCUGUUCCCCAAGUCUGGACAUCUCCUGCUGUCCAGCUCUAUGGACUGUAAGAUCAAGCUGUGGGAGGUGUAUAAUGAGCGGCGGUGUGUGCGGACGUUCAUCGGUCACAGUAAAGCUGUGCGUGAUGUUUGCUUCAACAACUCUGGCACUCAGUUCCUCAGCGCUGCCUACGACAGAUACAUCAAACUCUGGGACUCGGAGACUGGUCAGUGUAUCUCACGCUUCACUAACAGGAAAGUUCCCUACUGCGUGAAGUUCAACCCAGACGAGGACAAACAAAACCUCCUCGUGGCAGGAAUGUCGGACAAGAAGAUCGUCCAGUGGGACAUUCGCUCUGGUGAAGUGGUCCAGGAGUACGACAGGCAUCUGGGUGCUGUAAACACCAUCACCUUCGUGGACGAGAACCGUCGCUUCGUCAGCACCUCUGACGACAAGAGUCUACGCGUCUGGGAGUGGGAUAUUCCUGUGGACUUUAAGUACAUCGCUGAGCCCAGUAUGCACUCCAUGCCUGCGGUCACUCUGUCGCCCAAUGGGAAGUGGUUGGCCUGUCAGUCGAUGGAUAAUCAGAUCCUGAUUUUCGGAGCUCAGAAUCGUUUCCGUCUGAACAAGAAGAAGAUCUUCAAGGGCCACAUGGUGGCGGGAUACGCCUGUCAGGUGGACUUCAGCCCGGACAUGAGUUAUGUGGUUUCGGGAGACGCUGAUGGGAAGCUGAACAUCUGGGACUGGAAGACAACUAAACUCUACCACCGCAUUAAAGCGCACGAUAAAGUGUGUAUCAGCGCACUCUGGCAUCCGCACGAGACCUCCAAGGUGAUCACCUGCGGGUGGGAUGGACAGAUCAAACUGUGGGACUAAACUGACGGAGAACAGACCAACAUCCAUCACUGCCCUCAGUCUGAGCUCCAGACACUGAUGUGAGAUUAUUAUGGGCUGGCAUCCAGUCCUCACACACACUCGCACAGAGACUUUACACUCACUCUUUGUGUUUUUAAUGAUGAAACUGUUACUCCAGUGUCUCACAUUUCUCUCUUUUUGAACAGAAUAAAUGUCUCUCGUUUA